UGGGUUCAGUCGGACGGCUCGGAAACCGCCUCACGUCAAAACAAAUCGCGGCUAACGCAGGUUUUCCGGUGUUUUCCGGUGUUUUCGUACGCAAAGCGAUGGAGAGCGACUGUUCGCACCGACCCCGCUGCUGAGGUCCCGGCCGUGCACGGGGAGACACGCGGGGGGGGGGACGUCAAGCUCGGUCCUGAGCUCAGCUAGCUAUCGUGCCAUGUGGGAGUAGCUCCCCGGAGGUGCCAUGCUCGCCACACAGAUGCCAGACACGCCACCUGAGGCCAAAGAUGUCAAACAGAUUAAAGAGAAGCUGGCGCAGUCACUCAAGGCCCUGCAGAAGCGUUUCGUGACGUCAGACGCAGUCGUAACCAGCGAGGAUGCCGACGCUAACCUGCUCUGCUGCGCCCUGGAGGCCAUCUUCAUCCACGGUAUCAAGAGCAAGUACAUCCGCUCCGAGACUGGGGGGCGAACCAGGAAGGGCGGCCGGGCUCCCCUCCCUCAGCCCUUCUUCUGGAGCCUCCUCAAGACCGUCACCCACCGCGAUGUCAUCACAGAGCUGGAGAAGAUCAGCUUCGUAGGCACGGACGUGGGUCGCUGCCGAGCAUGGCUGCGGCUGGCGCUCAACCACGGCCUGUUGGAGUGCUACCUGGCGUCGCUGUUCCGGGAGGACUCCAAGCUGCGGGUGCAUUAUCAGCCCAGUGCCUUGCUCCUGAACACCGAGGAGCGGGACGUUCUGCUCAGCUACCUCCAGGGUCUGGCCUCACUCACAUUCAGCCUGUCUUACAAGUCCACCGUCCUCAACGAGUGGACCACCACGCCUCUGGUUCUCGCUGGACUCUGCCCCUUCUCCCAGGUGGACACACCUGACCUGACGCUUAACGGCGGGGACCAUCCCACCUCCAGGUCCCUGUGUAAGGAGUCGUGGGAUACAGUGUCUCAGUCAUCCAGCUCAUCGGAUGCUCAGGAUACACAGAGAGGGUGUCCAGUGUUGUUUGUGGGGCGGGGGUCAGGUGAUUUACAGGGGGGUCGGACUGCACUCAACUCUUCUAAUCUCAGUCUGGACACCACAGGCUCCUCUCAGCUCUCCUCCAGCUUGAGCUCCGACAGCCUCCUGCAGGGGCAGGACCCCCGCAGCCCGACAGGAGAGCCAUGGUCCUCAUGUGACCUGGACAUAUCCAAUCACAUCAGCACCAAGAGACCACAGAAAGAUUUGCUGACUGAGUUUCGGGAGAGCGGACAGGGCAGUCAGGACUCCAUGCGCGAAGACACUUCCUUUGUCUCAAGCACGGGUCCGGAUCAGUUUUCGGAGACGGCUGUCUUCAGUGGCUCCGACGGCGAGACCCAGGGUCCUGCGACGCCGUCACAAGACCUGAAAGACCAGCCGCUCAUUCUCUCUCAUUCAGAGCCACCACCAACUUCCCCUGAUUCGCCGUCAUCCGAUGAUAACCAUGUCUGCAAAACGGCCUCUGACGCGUGCGAUGAUACCUCCAACGAGUUGCACUUGGACACUGACACAGAGGAGGUGAAUACAGCUGAUGUGAAUACAGCUGAUGUGAAUACAGCGGAUGUGAAGGAGAGCAGUGCGUCUGUUCAGAAAGAGAAAGAAGUAGAGAGCUCAGUGAAGAGCAGCUCGGAGCCGUCACUGCAUCCGGGGCCACGUCGCUCUUCCAGCAUCCUGAGCAGGACGUUGUCCACAGAUUCUCUGUCACAUUCCCGUUCCUGGAUCUCCGAGGACGACAUCUACAAGCCCCAGCUGGAGGAGGUGUCUGAUCAGGACGAGGCGCCUCCAGCCGCUCUUACGCCUGAGCCCAAGGUCUCCCAGUCCCCUCCCAGUGUCGUCCAUCGCAGACAAAUAGGACUGUCCAACCCGUUUCGUGGCUUGCUGAAGCUCGGCCAUCUCGAGAGACGAAGUGCGAUGGGGUUGUGGCGAGACUAUUACUGCGAGCUGUCCCCCUUUGAGUUCCGCCUGUAUUUCAACGCCGAGGAGCGGACCUGCACUGACAACUGCUCCCUGGUCCGGUGUGAGGACGCUCGCGUCACCUUACCCGAGGGCCGCUUCGAGUUGGCCUUUCCUGGGAAGCGACUGUACCUCCGAGCGGCCAAUCGUGACGAAGCUGAGGACUGGGUGGACCGGAUCGCGGAGGCCGUCAACAAUAGCCGGCCAGCACCUUGUGCCAAUGAGCAGUGGGAGGUGCUACAACCGUACACUGAGAAUGGUGUAGAUGAACGCACGCUUUCAUCCACGUCCUCCACGCCCUCCAGCCCUGAGAGAGGGAUAGUACACCCGGACACUAGGACUUGCGGAGGCCUGGAGGCACCUCCUCCUCUACAGGAGUUCGACUGGACUCGGACGGCUGAUUUAGAAACGGACGCCAUCAAAGAAGCCGUUUUGUACUUCUCCACAGAUGCUGAAGCUCGGACUUGGGCACCUCUGAUCUUCUCCCUCUCGUUAGAGACGCUGAAAGGCUUCCGGAUACAAGACGGGAGAAAGUUUCUGCAGCUGAACACCACCAUUGAGGAAAUUCGGGAUGUGGUGCCUGACGUCUCCCUGGGAGGUCCGGCCUUUUUCAAACUCUUGACCGUGAAGGAUGCGCUGAGACUCAGGGCAGAGAGCGCGGAGGAGGCUCGCUCUUGGAGGGUUUUGAUCCGUGGAGCUCUGGACUCUUACCUGGAGAGUGGCGAGGACGAUGGCUGCGUGCAGCCCGGUGCAGUGGGGGUGACUGGGAACCUCCACAGGCUGGUGCAGCACAGGUUGAAGGAAGAUGGAGCACUUCUAGUUCAUCUCUGCGCCGUGCCCUCGGAGAAGGGUCUGGACUCUCAGAGCUUCAAAUGUGCAGGAUGUCCUCAGAAGAUUGGUCCGUCCCUGGGCAGAGCCAGGUUGUGUGAGUUCUCAGGCCAGUACUACUGUGACUCCUGUCACCACGGCGACACCACCAUCAUCCCCUCACGCAUGGUGCACAACUGGGACCUCACACAGCGAGAGGUGUCUAAGAAGGCCCUGCGGCUGCUGUCUCAGGUGGAACACGAGCCUCUGCUCAACCUGGAGCAGCUAAACCCCGAGUUAGUGAAGCACUCCGGGUCCAUGGCUCAGACCCACAACCUGCGGCAGCGACUGCGUCUCCUCGGCGACUACCUGCUCACCUGCCGCAGCGGAGCCUACAAGAAGCUCCAGGCCAGAAUGGGUCAGCGAACGUACCUGCUGGAGUCGAGCCAUCUGUACAGUGUCGUCGACCUGCAAGAGAUCGCAGAGGGCCAAUACGCAAUCUACCUGAUGACUCUGCUGCAGUUUGCCUCCAGCCACGUGUUUCAGUGUGACCUGUGCACGCAGCGCGGCUUCAUCUGUCAGAUUUGCCACGCACACGACACCAUCUUCCCCUUCCAGUUUGACAGCACCACCAGGUGUAUAGAUUGUAAAGCUGUGUUCCACCUGGCAUGUAAAGCUCCGGGGAGCUCGUGUCCUCGCUGUCAGCGAAUGGAGAAAUACCGGGAGAGGGAUCUUCAGGACUGAGCGCAGCCGGCAGCACGGCGACCGGCGGCUCGCCAACUUCUUCAGGAAGCCAGACGGCCGCUUGUGGGGAGAAAAACUAAAUCUAGCUUUUACAUGAAGUAACCUCAAGUGCAAUUAUGAGUGCGAUUAACCCGCCCUAACUGACCUUAAAACCAAGGGUGGUGCAAGAGCCUCGGUGCCACAGUAGCCAGAGUCUUGUGCUGAUUGACGGGGACACUGACCUGUCCUGAGACAUCAGAUCACAAGUGGUGUGGGAUGCAUGUGCUCACACUCUGUUAGCUGUGUGAACACAAAUGUGUUUGAAGCCACAUAUGAAGCACCGCCUACUAAACUGACGUCUUCGGUCCUGCCACAGGUUCACAACGAAUCAAGCUUUCGCCGAUACAGACACACAGUCAUCGGUAGAGAUGUGCUGAUGACAGCCUUGUAAAUACCUCCGAUACGGUUCAAAAUGUCGGGUCGGGCAUCAGCGAGUACAUGAAUCUAUGUGAGAAUCCGAUACCACGUCUUUUAAGUAUAUUAAGCAGCUUUUCCAAUGGUCAAAAAACCCACCAAGCAUCUGGCUUUUAUCUGCAAUGAGAGUUGAUUCGAGCGAGAAGAACAGCGACAUGUACAUUGAAGAGCCACUUCCAUACAGGAUUUGUAGCAUACAGCUGUUAAAAUAUGCAAUAUAAGUUGUUAUUUAUUAAAUGCUCUGGUAUCUGUGAAGGGAAAACUCGAAUCCGAACAUCUCCCUUCAACUUUCUUGAGAGAAAACGGCAUCAUCUGGUCUCAACUAACAGAAAUAACAUAUCAAACUGGAGCCGACCACUUGUGAUCGGAUCUCUCAGGACGGUGAUACGGAGUCUGGCCACUGAGCCUCAUGACGCUGCCGCACUGCAGCCAAAUGUUACUGACUUCAAUACCUCUCUGAAUUCUGAUUCAGCCACGGCAUCAAAAUCCAGGACCGGACGGACGACGGUGAUGUCAAGAAUCGUUUCUGCUGCAUCUUUUUAUUUCCUUUUGUCUUAGUGUGUUGAAAAAAAACAUUCUUAACACCAUCGUGUUUACCACAAAUGCUCUGAAAGACGCGUUUCUCAGCACAGCACAGCAGCGAGGUCGGGUUCCGCACAUGCAAAAUAGCGUAAACAGCUCAUGACCUGUUUGAAUUAACACAUCUCGAUCGUGCCUUCUUUUUAAUUCAAGCUUUACACUACUUUUAGGGCCAAAAAGAAUCACGUAAUCACUUUUCUUUUUCUGAAUCGCCAUAACAUGAAAUUCCACUGCUGCAUUACACAUCUGUCGCCAGGAAGAUUUGGUCUUAAUAUAUUGGUUAGAGAGGUUUAGAGGGGAGAUUUAAAAAUAGUUUUAUUAUGCUGCUUGCUGACAAAUGAAUUAUUAACAAAUUGGCAUAAAAACCUUUUGUUGGUGCAAAUUCUGAUUCAAAACACAUUUUGCAUAUUUGCACUUAGCGCUGACUGUUAAACGGAUAUUUCGACCACAGUUUAGUCGUAACAUCCUCACGUACAUGAAGUGACACCAUGGAAUUGUCUUUUGAUAUUUUCCCGUGCUGCUCAGUUUUAUUUUGGUCUCUUGAGUAUUGGACUCUGAUGUGGAGAGGGAGUUGCAGAAUCAUAUAAUAAUGAGCCAGUGAAGGUUUUCUCAUUGGAUCCAUUUUGAUAUUUGCAGGAGACAGAAUUCUGCGACACUGUUUUUCUCGGUUUGUAUUUUUUUAUUUUCAUCUCAUCAAAUAUGUAAUGUAUAAAUGAUUUUAAGGAAUAAAUGUCAGUGUGUGUCCCUUUCA